AUGGGGAUUCUGUCGUGGUUCACUGGAAGUCCUAAGCCUUCUCAGUCCGAGACUACGAAGACGGAGAUCAUCCAGACGCCGAAAUCGGAAACUCCGGCUCCGGGGAUGAACGGAGCCAUAGAAGUUCCUCGACCCGAUCGCGCGACGGUUUUCGAGUUCGGCUCCGUGGCGGCGACCGGAGACAGAGUCACUCUCGCCGGGUACUGCCCCGUUUCCGACGACCUCGAACCUUGCCGCUGGGAGAUUCUUCCCGCCGACGGAAAAGACGCGCCGCAGUUUCGCGUCGUCUUCUGA